GGAGUGAAAAUCAUGACGAGGAUGUUGGAGAAGAGAAUCCUAUGGAAGAUGAUGAAGCAACAUCUAAGUUUAACGGCAUAGACCCUAUUUCUGCCACCCUUUCCGACCCUAAAGUCCUUGACUGCUGCAGCUGCUGUCAACCAUUGACUAUUCCUUGCGAGAAAGGGCAUUUUGCUUGCUUUACCUGUUGUGCUCUUGGAAGGGAGUGUCUUGAGUGCUCAUCUCGCAUUCCUUACAACCGUUGCAGAGCUAUUGAGAAAGUGUUGGAAUCUAUUAACAUAUCAUGCCUUAAUGCAAAAUAUGGUUGCAAAGAGACAUGCAGUUACAGUGAAAGGAAUAACCAUGAGAAGAAAUGUAUCCACAUUCCAUGUUUCUGCCCACACAAAGGUUGUGACUUUGUUGCCUCAUCAAAGGAGUUAUCACUCCACUUCAGCAAUAAACAUAAAACUUCUGGAAUCCAAUUUUUAUACAAUCACAACUUCCAUGUAUCCGUGAAUCCUUAUGAUGAAUUCCUUGUUCUUCAAGAGCAAACAGAUGGAAAUAUGUUUAUUCUCAAAAACAAUGUUGUUGAGAAUAUGGGAAAUGUGGUCACUAUUAGCUGCAUGGGGCCUAACUCUUCUCAGCCAGGGCAUGCUUAUGCUAUAGUCGCCAAGUCUCAGGGAUGCUGUCUAAUGUUGAAGUCUUUUACCAAGAACAUUCAAAGGGGCAUUGCAGAUAUUCCUUCAUCAGGGUUCCUUGUGAUUCCAUUUGACCGUUCUGGUAAUUAUGCAUAUCUCCAUCUGGAGAUUUGCAUAAGAAAAAGAUAG